AGCAGGGGUCUGGUUUGGGGGGCAGGGAUGCAGGCUCCAUCCUGGAGCAAGGAACCUCACAUUUGGGAUGCAGGAGUAGGGUCACGAUCCCUGUCCUUGGCCUGUGGCCAAACCCAGGGAAAGGUCCCCAAACAUCCCAAAAUGACCCCAAAAUGCCGCUGAGCCGCUGCCCCCUCCCCAGCCCGCCCACGCCCUGGAUCUGCUCCCGUAUUCCCGGCUGAGCCCGGCGCCGCGGGCCGGAUCCCAGCUGGAUGCCGUCGGCGCCGAGAUCCCCUCGGACCCCUGCACAGGGUACCGGUUCUUUAAGCCGGGGGGUUUGUUUGGGAUGAAGCCGCCGGAGGAGCCCUUCGGAGCCGCGCGCCCGGGCCCGGAGGAGUCCAAGGCCCUGGGCAGCCCCUGCGCCGUGGAGCCCGGGCGGGUGAGCAAGGUGGAGCCCGAGGAGAAGCCCGGGAUUGGCGCCGGCUCCCUGGAGCUGUUUCCAGCCGCGGGCGGCAGCUCCGGCCGCUGGUUCCCCGGCGGGCAGCGCGGCCCCGAGCCCCCCCGGGACCCCCCUGCCCCCCGUGCCGGCUGCUGGGGGGCCCAGGGGGGCGUCCCCGGCCCCUUCCGCUGCGCCCAGUGCGGGAAGGGCUUCCGGCAGAAGCAGAGCCUGGUGACGCACGAGCGCAUCCACACCGGGGAGAAGCCGUUCCGCUGCGGGGACUGCGGCAAGAGCUUCAGCCAGCGGCCCAACCUGCUGACGCACCGGCGCGUGCACACGGGCGAGCGGCCCUUCCCCUGCGCCCAGUGCGGCAAGAGCUUCUCGCAGAAGGCCAACCUGCUGGCGCACCAGCGCAUCCACGGCGCCCACCCCGAGGAGGGCAAGGCGCGGGCGCGGGCGCCGGCGCGGGGCUGCCCCGAGGACGCGCCCUUCGUGUGCCCCGAGUGCGGGAAGAGCUUCCGGCAGAAGCCCAACCUCAUCACGCACCGGCGCAUCCACACGGGCGAGCGGCCCUUCUCCUGCUUCCUGUGCGGCCGCAGCUUCAACCAGAAAACCAACCUGGUGACGCACUACCGGGUGCACACAGGUGAGCGGCCCUUCGCCUGCGCCCAGUGCGGCAAGCGCUUCACCCAGAAAACCAACCUGGUCACGCACCAGAGCACCCACACCGACCUGCGCCCCUUCCCCUGCGCCCAGUGCCACAAGUGCUUCAAGGACAAGGUGUCCCUCAAGGCCCACCAGAAGACGCACAUCCCCCGCCAGCGCCGCUGCCCCGCGCGCGGCCCGGCCCCCGCCGCGCCCUUCGGGGCCGCGCCCGCCGACCCCGCCCCCUUUGCCCCGCUCCCGCCCGCCCCGAAGCUCCCCGAGGGCACCGAGCUGUUCCCGUGCCCCGAGAAGGGCUUUCCCCCCCCGCCCCCGGGUGAGCCCUCCUUCCCCUGCGCCCACUGCGGCGACGGCUUCUGCCCCAAGGUGCCCCUGCUGCGGCCCCCCGAGGCGCCCGCCGCGCCCUUUGCCCCCGGCCCCCCUAUCCUGGGGCCCCUGGGGGCGCAGCCGGGGCCGGGGGAAGGCGUGCUCUCCCCGGAAAAGCCCUUCAUCUGCAAUCAGUGCGGGAACAGCUUCGGGCUCUGGCUCGCCCUCGGCCGGCCCUGGCCGUGCCCCGAGUGCGGGCGGGGCCUGGCGCAGUGCGAGCGGCUGCCGCGGCACGGGCACAGCCCCGGCGGGCGCGGCCCCUUCCGCUGCGACACCUGCGGCAAGCGCUUCAGCCUCAAAACCAACCUGGCCACCCACCAGCGCAUCCACACAGGUGAGCGGCCCUUCACCUGCGGCGUCUGCGGCCGCCGCUUCAACCAGAAGGGCAACCUGGUGACGCACUACCGGGUGCACACGGGCGAGCGCCCCUUCGCCUGCGCCCAGUGCGGGAAGCGCUUCGCGCAGAAGCCCAACCUGCUGGCACACCAGAAGACGCACCUGGGCCGCCAGCCCUUCACCUGCCUCGAGUGCCCCAAGCGCUUCAAGAGCAAACUGUCCCUGCGGGUGCACCAGCGGGUGCACACCGGGACCCCCGGCACGGCCCCCGGCGCCCUGGACCCCGCCGGGAGCCCCUUCCCCUGCGCGCUCUGCGGGGAGUCGUGCGCGGAGCACGGGGGGCUCCGGCCGGGCCACGGCGGUGGCGAGCGGCCGCACGGCUGUGCCGAGCAGCUGCACACCUGUGCCAAGUGUCCCCACGGCUGCGCCGAGCGUCCCCACGCUUGUGCCGAGCGUCCCCACGGCUGCGCCGAGCGGCUCCACACCUGCACCGAGCAGCGCCGCACCUGCGCGGAGCAUCCCCACGCCUGCGCGGAGCAUCCCCACGCCUGCGCGGAGCAUCCCCACUCCUGUGAGCGACCCCACGCCUGCGGACAGCCACAGCCCUGCGCCGAGCGGCCGCACCCCUGCGCUGAAUGUCCGCACCCCUGCGAGCAGCCCCACGCCUGCACCAAGCGGCCCCACACGUGUGAGCAGCCCCACGGCUGCGCCGAGCGUCCUCACGCCUGCACCGAGCAUCCUCACCCCUGUGCCGAGCGUCCUCACCCCUGUGCCGAGCAUCCUCACCCCUGCGCCGAGCAUCCUCACCCCUGCGAGCGGCCCCACGGCUGCGCCGAGCAGCCCCACGCGUGCGCCGAGUGUCCCCACGCGUGCGCCGAAUGUCCCCACGGCUGCGCCGAGCGGCCCCACGCGUGCGCCGAGUGCGGGAAGCGCUUCCGGCAGAAGGUGAACCUGGCCGUGCACCUGCGGACGCACACCGGGGAGCGGCCCUUCCGCUGCGCCGACUGCGGCAAAGGCUUCAGCCAGAAGGCUCACCUGCUGCGGCACCGCCGCACCCACGGCGCCGGCCUGGCUGCCCCCUGCGCCGCCGGGGACCCGCUGGCCAAGGGCCCCGAGCCCCCCGCGCUGCUGCUGCCGCCCUGCUCCCGCGGGGCGCCCCCGGCGCGCCCCGACAGCCCCUCGGGCGCCGCCGACAUCCUCCUGCAGCUGAUGCAGGAAGAGCCGCCCCCCGGCCCCGGCGCCGCCCCGGCCCCGGUGCCCCCCUGUAAGUGCCCCGGGGGGGGCCCGAGCCCCCGGGCGCCGGGGCUGCCCCCGCCGUGCUGCUGCGCCGCCUGCCUGGCCCCCCGCCCUCCCGAGCCGCCCCGCGGGCAGCUCUGGGCCAAGGCCGGCGGCUGCGCUCGGGCCUUCGAGGAGAAGCGAGUGCCGGGAGCGCCGGAGCGCGAGUGCGGCGAGGAGAAACCGGCCCCGUGCCCCGGCUGCCUGUGAGCCCCGGGACUGCCCCGGCUGCCUGCGACCCCCGCUGGGACCUGUGCUGAGAGCCCCCCACCAGGACCCCCACCCUGCCCCGGCUGCCUGUGAUCCCCCUCACCGGAACCCCACUGAGACACCCCCAGCAAGGACCAGCCCUCGGCUCCUGGGGUCACCCGCGGUGAGCCUGGAGGAGACGGAGCCGAGGGGACAGAGCCAGAGGGGACAGAGCCGAGGGGACAGAGCCGAGGGCUCGGUGCCAAGGUGACACUGCCAGCUGGAUUCAGCUCUGGGACUUGGAGGAGCCUCCAGCCGGGGCUGUGGGGCAAAGCAGAGCCAGGCAGGGACAUGGCACAUUCCUGGCUCGGGAAGACACCAAAGGGCUGGAGGAGACAGCGCUGGAGCCGGACCUGCCGUGGGCUCCAGCCACACAGACCAGCAAGAGCUGGGCACAGUGGAGCUGCAUCCACUGGAGCCAGACUUGGGACAAGAGGAGCCCUGAGGGGCUCUGUCUGCUUCCAGAACCUUCCAGCCUGUUCCGGGCUGGAUGGCAUUCCCUGAGGACACUGAGGCUGGGAUGGGAGUGCUGGCCCGCCCUGCUGCGGGCUGACCUGGGGCCCAGUGCAGCUCCGCGCGGGGGAGCUGGGAGCACGCUGGGAGAACAGCCAGGAAAAGGGCCUGGAAGGGCUCAGCUCUGCUUCCAGAGGGGCCCGGAGACGCCUCCGGUGCCGGGGGGAUGGGGGGCAGCUUGUGCUUCUGCUUGCUCUGGGUAACUGCGCGCUUUGGGACUCAAUAUUCCGGAUUUGGGAUGGGUGACGCCGGGGUGGCCGCUGGGCUGGAGCUGGAGUUGUGGUGGUGGUGGGGGGCUCUGGGAGGCUCCAGCAGCACGGGGGGCUUUGCUGGGGUUUGCGUGGCCUCUGCCUGUCCCCCCGCUGUGACAGAGCCGGGAUGCACGGUCUGGGGCAGAGCUUCGGCCACAGACACCGCUGGGAGCUGCCACUGCUUCAUCCCCAAGGGAAUCGGAUCCUCUGACGGGACCGACACCGGGACAGCCGCCCCCGGAGCCCCGGCGGGGCAGGGGGUCCCGCUCCAGUCCCCCUCCCCAGCUCUGCUCUCUGCAAUUCUAUUUUUUGAGGUUAUUUAAAAUAAAAGCUUCUGAUGGC